AAGGCUUCCUAGAUUUUGGAUUUUAGAUCCCAUUUGCUGAAGACAUUGCUGAGUAGUUCGGCAAAAACAUGUACGGAGAAAAAGCAAUAGAACUUAUCCAUGAACUUCAGAGAGCUGUUAAUGGGUCACUAGCUCCUUUUAAUGAAGAAGGCGUUCGGCAAGUCCUUGAGGAAAUGAAAGCUCUCUAUGAUCAAAACCAAUGUGAUGUAGAGGCUACAGUUCAAGGAGAGAAAGAUCGUCUACCAGCUGUCCAGUUCCGUCAUACCUGUCUUGAAAGAAACAAACGAUGUCUCCUUGCGUACCUGCACAACAGACUUUGCAUGAUCCGUGACAUGAGAUGGGAGUUUGGGAGUGUCCUACCAGCAGAGGUCAAAUACAAUCUCUCAGAACAAGAGGUACAGUGGUUUACAAAAUACAACAAGUCAUUGGCAUCAUAUAUGAGAACAUUGGGUCAGGAUGGACUCGAUCUUACUCAGGAUCGCAGCCCACCCAAAAGCCUGUAUGUCGAGGUAAGGUGCUUGAUGGAUUAUGGUGAAUUUGAGUCAGAAGAUGGCAGUUCAGUUGUUCUGAAGAAAAAUAGUCAGCAUUUUCUACUGAGAUCUCUGUGUGAGCCUCUUAUAAGACAAGGUGUCCUAGAGCAUAUCAUGUCAUGAUGGUCCUCUUACCUCUCUCUUCAAAGAAAGCUGAAUGAUGAAAUGAUCAGGCUUCAUUAGACAUUGAUGUGGGAUGUCCAAAGAGUGAAUUAAAAAGCUAAUGCAUUAGCUAUGGUCAUUCAGAUUCAUACAUUCAAACCUGUGUAGGAGCAAGUCCAGUAUAUAUCCCAUACGUUAUCAAGCACUAUUGAAUUGAAUUAUGAAAGAGUAAGCAUAAAUAUAUCGUCUUUUUUGAUGUUUUGUCUGAUUCAAGCUUUAGAAGGGCUAUCAGCUUGAUACAGACAUCAGAUAUGCUGAAAUGUUAGAAGUGGUAGACAACAUACAGGGCAAAAUAGCUUGGACUUGCUCAUAUAAAGACUGCUCAAGAGAAACAAUCUUUGUCAACAGGUGGUCUUUAUGUUUCAGUGAGAAACAUAAUUGAAGGAAAGCAAAGGGUGAUCUUUAUGCACAAGUGAUUAUUAAAAGCAGGCUUGACUGUGCUUUUUUCAUAUUAUGCCUCUAUGUAGUUUAUCCAAGUGCCUAUGGGAACAGUGGUAUAUUUCACACAUGAACAUGUAUUUUUUUAAUGUAAACAAGCACAGAAUGGCAAAACAAAAUAUCCAGUUGUAAAUAUAUUUAUAGGUUUAAUUUUUUUCAAGUGAAUUUGAAUUAUGAAUGGCACAAUUUUAAAUGUCAAACAAAAUUGGCAUUACAAGUUUUUGAAUGUUAAAUUCUACUUAUAUUAUUUGUGAUUAUAACUCGGUUGUUUCCAUCCUAUCAUUUGAAGCUUUUUAAAUCGUCUUCCAAAUGAAGUGACAUAUAAUAAUCCUAAACUAGUUCAAUAUUAAAUGCCUCCAAAAAUAAACAGUGGGUACUCAACAUUUCUAAGAAUUACAUUCUUUCUUAAGCAACCUUAACAGAGACCAUACAGGUAUUUAAAUUGUAAGAUAUAAGAUGAUAGUAUAGGCCUAUAUUUCAAAGGGAAGACUAAAAAGAUGUUACAUGAGGUGAAUUAACAUGAGAGUGGAAUAUAAACUAUACUUUUGUUUUCCCAUUACAUGCCCUUCCAGAUAUUUGUUAUUGAAAUUGGUAAAUACAAAUACUUAGGUUUGCUCUAUCCUUCUGUACAGUGCUCAAUGUCUGCAGAGCGAAAAUAUAUUGAAUAAGGCAGACUAAUGGGACAUGGUUACUACUCUGAGUUUCACUCCUUACAAGCGAUCAUCAGGCAACUGAUAGCAUUCUUAAAAGUGCAUGAUUACGCUAUUACCUGGGUACAAAUAGGUAUGCUCAAAAUAAGACUUGACUAAUACAAUAAGAAUUUAUCAUGGGAGAAGGGGCUAUUGUAACUACUCAGGUAGUGCACUUGAUCUCUUAACAUGUAGGUUAAGCCUAUGGAGGGGUAUCACAAAAGUAAUCUCCUCCUUUUAUGAAUUUGUACGUGUAAUAAUACUUAAGUGUGUAAAGACUUUUCUGAUGCCCAUAUUAAUGAUAUCCAAUUCAGAUCAAUAUGUAUAUUGUUGUAACUGUAUAUAAAUGAGUGUACCAUGCCUCUCUUUUUCAGUCGCAGGUGUAUAUUGUAUUUAGAUGCAUAGAGGAAAACAGUUAUCUUUUUUCUGAUUAAAUUAAUUAAAAUGAA